AUGGUAGGCGGCAGGUUCCCAUUGGACCCGGACGGAGACGUCAACAUGGACGCUGGUCCUACCGUUCCCCAGCCAAUUUACGAAGUCGUCCGACCACCCAAGCUUGUAAGCUGGGAUCAUGCCUCGCUAGUGUCAUGGUACCGUGAGUGGAGCCACUACGUGACCAAGAUACGUCACCGCUGCACUGUGACUGGUGAAAUAUUCAAGCGUGUGCCUGAAGUGCUGGAUAUCAUCUCGGCCUACAUCCUGCAACGCCCGCUGGAGUCCAUCACGGACAGUGAUGUCCUGCAGCUCAUUCAUGCUCGCAGUCAAGCUCUCGUCAAUGAGUUUGUGCCCGACGUGAAGUCAUUGGCUCACCAAUCACUACACAUAAAUAUGACUACAGAUGACUGUGAUGCUCGCGUCUUUCGCUACUUUGAAGACUUUACAAAGAUAGUGGAAGAGAACGGCCUACAGGGUCUGAUUGGCAAAACAGACCCGUCUCUACAAGGAUACAGAGAUCGUAUGAAGGCCAGGUGUCGCCUGCUGAUCGAGAAUCUUCAGCCUGCUAUUUUAAAAGAACAUAUCCAGCGUCUAGUUGAGUUGGAGCGCCGAGAUUGCAAGACAGAUGACGUGGCGCUAUUCAAUCUCAUACUAGAGCAUGCCAAAGCGCAACAGCGUUUUCAUCGCCUCACCAAGGAGAGCGGUUCGUCGCGUAGCUCCCAGCGUCAGCCCGUUUCCAGCACAACUGGCGCGUCAGGACCAAAACUGAGCACCAAGGCUGGUAAGGAUGGACGACGCCGCGAUAUUACAGCUAGUACCGAGAGGAGCAAAGGCUCCCCGAAGCCUGCCAAGGCCGCGACACCGCCUGUGGACGGUUGCCUAGUUUGCCAUGGCCCCCAUUGGAUGCGUGCGUACCCUACAGCCACAGCUGCGCAGCGUGAAGAAGCUCUAGCCCGCUAUCGCGCUGCCAAGGACUCGAGCAGCACUGUGGUCCGCUCGAAGGUUGUUAAAGGCCGUGAAAGCGCAAACACUGUGAAGAUUAAUAACCUUCUUGACGUCAUGUUCAUUCAAGACACGGGUGCUGAGCGACGUGUGAUCCCAAGUUGUGCGGUACACUCUUUACUGGGCCUCCAGUCUGACCUGCGCAUUCAACGCUUGGACGUCCCAGUGGAAGUAGUGGUUGCUGACGGCCGACGACUAGAAUGCGACUGUGUGGUGAACGUGCCAUCUGUCACAUGUGUGGUUAUGGACAGCGAAGAAGAAGAGCUUUUACCAGGCAAGGACACCCUAAAUGAGCUGGGUAUCAAUGUGGACGACAUGCUGGCUCAAUUAGCCAAUGGGGCUGACUUCGUGGAUGACAGUGACGACUAUGAGGUGGGAGAUACCUCGCAGGAUCACCGUGCCGCGACCCGGGAACAGAUUGUGACCAUUGUGAACUGUUUGUAUGGCCUUCCAGUUUACGAGCUACCAAGAGAAGAAGAACAAGAAAAAGACAAGAAACAUGGCGAAAGGACAACCGACGGUACCAGUUACGCCUGCCAAGUCUGGCGGGGUUCGCAACGAGAGUUCAAGCCCGGCUGCGCGCUUUGCAGCCGCCACCGAGCUUUCAGUGAGCUUCGACGACAAAGCGGACAUCGGUCCUGA